UUUGCUUUCUUUGGGUUCGCAGGGCUAUGUAAUCGCAGUUCGGUGAGAGAUCUUCGAAGUUGUUUCGUGUUUACAAUCGCGAGGUGCCCUCAGUUCUUAAAUGGGUAAACUGUAGCGCUGUACCAAUAUAAGUUUUAUAGACACGAUGCCUUCGUCAGCCAGUGAAGAGAUUGUCUUCUUUGUCAAUGGCAGAAAGGUUGUCGAAGCAAAGGCACAGCCAGAAAUGACUUUGCUCUGUUAUCUGCGAAAUCAUUUGGGUUUGACAGGUAGCAAGCUUGGAUGUGGUGAAGGUGGCUGUGGAGCAUGUACUGUUAUGAUCUCUAAGUAUGAUCAUGGAAAUAAUAAGAUUAAACAUUUCUCUGCAAAUGGCUGUUUGAUGCCAUUGUGUGCAGUUGAUGGAAUGGCUGUAACCACAGUGGAAGGAAUUGGAAGCACCAAAACUGUCUUGCAUCCUGUGCAGGAGCGGAUUGCCAAGUGUCAUGGGUCACAAUGUGGAUUUUGUACUCCAGGGAUUGUGAUGUCAAUGUAUGCACUUUUGAGAAACAACCCUCUACCAACUAAUAAAGAGAUGGAAAGCGCUUUUGAAGGUAAUUUAUGUCGCUGUACUGGAUAUCGUCCAAUUUUGGAAGGACUCAAAACCUUCACAAAGGAAUGUUGCGGUAAAGGUGUUAAUGGUUGCUGCUCUGAAAUGGACCAAAAUGGAACCGCUAAUGGCAUAUCGCAGAAUGGAGUUGUAAAUGGCUGCAAUGAGUUGUUCAAGUCAACAGAAUUUACACCAUAUGACCCAACUCAGGACGUUAUCUUCCCACCUGAACUAAUGCUCCCAGAAGCCGCCAAACCAAGAACUCUAUAUAUCAAAGGAGAUAAUUCAACUUGGAUCAGACCAACAACACUGGAAGAGUUGUUGGAGCUGAAAACAAAAUAUCCACAAGCUAAACUUGUGAUUGGUAACACUGAAAUAGGAAUUGAGAUGAAAUUCAAAAAUCAGAGUUAUCCAAUCCUGAUAGCUCCUACUCACAUCUCGGAGCUGAAUGCCGUGGAACACACUGCAGAGGGCAUCAGGUUUGGUGCAUCAGUGACGCUGACUACUCUGGAAGAGGUUCUUAGUGAGGCUUGCCAGUCCAUGCCAGAAUUCAAGACCAGAUGGUUCACAGCAAUACUUCACAUGCUCAAGUGGUUUGCUGGUCAUCAGAUUAGAAAUGUUGGGGCUAUUGGAGGAAACAUUAUGACAGCCAGUCCGAUAUCAGAUUUAAAUCCAGUGUUAAUGGCUGCAAGAUGCCCUCUUACAUUAGCUGCUGCUGGAGGAAAAAGAAGAAAAGUGAAACUGGAUGAGAAUUUCUUUACUGGUUACAGAAGAACAAUUUUGCAAGCAAAUGAAAUAUUGGUUGAUAUUUUUAUUCCAUUCACAGAAAAGCACGAAUAUGUGUUUGCAUUUAAACAAGCACGACGGCGUGAAGAUGACAUCGCUAUAGUCAAUACAGGCAUGAGAGUGUUGUUUGAUAAAGAAACACAAUCCAGCUCAUGGCAAAUCCAGGAUUGCAGUUUCAGCUUUGGAGGCUUGGCCCCCACAACAGUCAUGGCAAUGAAAACUGUUAAAGGGCUCACUGGCAGAACUUGGAAUGAGAGCAUAGUACAGGAAGCUUGUCAGCUGUUGGCUGAAGAUCUGCCGCUUGCACCCGGAGCACCUGGCGGUCAGGUGGAGUACAGGAGAUCGCUCGCCUCAAGCUUCUUCUUCAAGUUCUACUUAAACGUUACCUUGCAGCUGAGUAAUCAAGAGGUAGCAUAUAAGGCUGAUAUACCCAAGUCGUUUAUAAGCGGAACUGGUCAUUUUCAAAGAGAUACAACAUACAGUACCCAGACAUUUCAGGAAGUCCCCAGUGAUCAGUUAAUCGAAGAUGUUGUUGGUAGGCCUGUGCCUCACUUAGCAGCUGCCAAACAAACCACAGGAGAGGCAGUCUAUUGCGAUGACAUUCCUAAAUAUGCAGGAGAACUUUACUUGGGUGUCGUCUUCAGCAAGCGUGCACAUGCGAAAAUCCUGGGUGUUGAUCCAAGUGAAGCACUUCGUCAACCAGGGGUUAAAAGAUAUGUUGGUGUGGAUGAUGUACCAGGUCGCAACGCGACAGGGCCUGUAAUCUUUGACGAGGAGAUCUUCGCCUCAGAAAAGGUGACAUGCGUGGGUCAGGUAAUAGGUGGCAUUGUCGCUGAAACUCAGGCCCAGGCCCAAAAAGCAGCCCAGCUGGUGAAGGUCACCUAUGAGGACCUUCCCAGAAUAAUAACCAUUGAGGAAGCUAUAGCUGCGGAGUCAUAUUUGAACCCUGAACCGAUGUGCAUUCAGAAAGGAGACCUAGAAGCAGGAUUUGCUGAAUCAGAUCAUGUGUUAGAAGGGGAGAUGAGAGUGGGAGGACAGGAACACUUCUAUCUGGAAACACAAGCAACAAUCGCUGUUCCAAGGGGAGAAGAUGGCGAGAUGGAACUUUUUGUUUCUACACAAAAUCCAACAUUGACACAGAAACUUGUUGCCAGCGCAUUGGGCGUACCUGCCAACAGAAUAGUCGUGCGGACCAAGAGAAUGGGUGGUGGAUUUGGUGGUAAAGAGACACGUAACUGCUUUCUGAGCAAUGUUGUGGCUGUGGCGGCAGCUAAGGUUGGUAAACCUGUGCGCUGCAUGCUUGACCGAGAUGAAGACAUGAAGAGUACUGGCACUAGGCACCCGUUCUUAGCCAAAUACAAGGUCGGCUUCACAGCAAAUGGGAAAAUCAAAGCUCUUGAUGUCAAAAUGUACAGUAAUGCUGGAAAUUCUUUGGAUCUGUCAAAAUCUGUUAUGGAGCGCGCGAUUUUCCACAUGGAAAAUUGUUACCUUAUUCCAAAUAUUCGGGGACAUGGGUAUUUGUGCAAGACGAACAUUCCUUCCAACACUGCAUUCAGAGGAUUCGGCGGGCCGCAGGGUAUGAUGUUUGCUGAAUCGUGGAUAAGUGACAUCGCAAUUACUUGUGGUAUUUCACAAAGACGGGUCAGAGAGUUGAACUUCUAUCAGGAAGGUGAUGUAACUCACUUCAACCAAGAACUGGCCAGUUGUCAUAUCCAACGCGUGUGGGACGAGUUAGUUGAGAGGUGUCUCUACGAAGAGCGAAGAGAGCACAUCGAGGCCUUCAACAGGGAAAACCGGUGGCGAAAACGAGGCCUUGCACUGACGCCUACCAAGUUUGGCAUUAGUUUCACAGCUACUUUUAUGAAUCAGGCUGGAGCUCUGGUGCAUGUUUACACAGACGGGUCAGUUCUUUUAACUCAUGGCGGAACAGAAAUGGGCCAAGGACUGCACACAAAAAUGAUACAGAUAGCCGCUCGUAUCUUUGGUAUCCCUGUGUGUAAAAUCCACAUUUCAGAGACAAGCACGAACACGGUUGCAAACACGUCUCCAACAGCAGCAUCGGCCUCCUCUGAUCUCAAUGGCAUGGCGGUGAAGAUUGCUUGCGAGCAAGUUAUGGAGAGGUUAAAGCCAUAUAAAAUGGAAAAUCCAAAAGGAGAGUGGGAAGAAUGGGUUCGCUCCGCCUACUUUGACCGCGUCAAUCUUUCAGCGAAUGGAUUUUACAAAACACCGGACUUGGGGUAUGAUUGGAAGACCAAUACUGGCAGAGUCUUCAAUUAUUUCUGCUUUGGUGCGGCUUGCUCGGAGGUGGAAAUUGACUGCCUCACAGGAGAUCAUCAGGUUCUUCGCACAGAUAUUGUGAUGGAUGUCGGUAUCAGUCUCAACCCGGCCAUUGACAUUGGCCAGGUGGAGGGAGGUUUUGUUCAAGGAAUGGGUAUGUUCACCCUGGAAGAAGUGCGUUACUCUCAGACCGGCUCAUUAUGGACGCAAGGGCCUGGUGCCUACAAAAUUCCUGGAUUUUCAGACAUACCAGUGGAGUUUUAUGUUCACCUCCUACGGAGUGCCCCGAACGAAAAGGCGGUCUUUUCUUCCAAGGCUGUAGGAGAGCCACCUUUGUUCCUUGCCUCUUCUGUGUUUUACGCCAUCAAAGAUGCCAUCAUGUUUGCCAGGCGUGAAUCAGGUGUUGAAGGAAUCUUCAGACUGGACAGUCCUGCUACCAGUGAGCGCAUCAGAAUGGCUUGCGUUGACCAGUUUACUCAACAGUUUACACCCCUUGCGGAUCCAACCGUGAAAGACUUCAAUGUUUAUCCAUGAGGACUUGAAGAGUGCUAAUUAAUAACAUGUGGUUUACAUAAUUUCAUUCAUCAUUUAAUCAAUUGCUUACCAAUAUUUAAGUAAUUACAAAUUAGAUGUGGAUAU